AUGACGGUGUGGCUUACCAAAGACAAGACGGUCAUGUUCAGGUUUCCCCGACUUCUGGGUCUCCGCGCGGAGUUGGCGGAGGGGCCUGUCCACAUCUUCGGAACGCAGAGGACGAGGAUAUGGGUGACCGACGUUGCCGCCGACCAGGAGGAUGUGACAUAUAAAGGGCGUUCAAAGGAUAUCAAAAUGUCCGCCGCUCUGUCUCUCUUUCUCUCCGGCCUUCUCUUGGCACCUUCUGUCAAUGCUCAGGCAUAUGAUGCAGGUGACCGAUCUGAAGAUGCCUUCAGUUAUAUUCAGCCUUUGAACACGACCAUUCUCGGUCCCAUUGGCCAUUCCCCGGCUGUCUACCCUUCUCCGAAUACUACGGGCACGGGCUGGGAGGAUGCUCUGGUCAAGGCUCGAGCUUUCGUUGCCGAGCUGACGAUUGAGGAGAAGGCCGACAUGGUGACUGGUCAGCCCGGUCCUUGUGUCGGAAACAUUGUUGCCAUUCCUCGCCUCGGUUUCCAGGGGUUGUGUCUUCAGGAUGGACCUCUUUCUAUCCGUGUGGCCGACUACGCAAGUGUCUUCUCCGCAGGUGUCUCCGCUGCGUCCACCUGGGAUAGAGACAUUCUCUAUGAGAGAGGUCUUGCCAUGGGCAAAGAGUUCAGGGCCAAGGGUGCUCAUGUUGCCCUCAGCCCCGUUGCUGGUCCCCUUGGGAGAAGCGCCUACUCCGGGCGCAACUGGGAAGGCUUUUCUCCGGAUCCCUACCUUACAGGCAUUGCGAUGUACCAGACUAUCACUGGCCACCAAGAUGCUGGAGUACAAGCAACCGCUAAGCACUGGAUUCUGAACGAGCAAGAGACGAUGCGCAAUCCGUCUUUCGACCCCAACGGAACCUCUACCGACAUUACCGUACAGGCUCUGUCUUCCAACGUGGACGACAGGACUAUUCACGAGCUUUACAUGUGGCCUUUUGCUGAUGCUGUCAAGGCCAAGGCUGCUUCUUUCAUGUGCUCUUACCAGCGCAUCAACGGCUCGUACGGCUGCCAAAACUCCAAGUCACUCAACGGUCUUUUGAAGACUGAACUGGGGUUUGACGGUUACGUGAUGUCGGACUGGGGAGCUACCCACACCGGUGUUGCUGCCAUCGAAGCAGGUCUUGACAUGGACAUGCCUGGUGGUCUCGGAAGCUAUGGCAUGGACUGGACUUCUGGCUCCUUCUUCGGCGGCAACGUUACCGCCGCCGUCAACAACGGCACCCUCGAUGUCACUCGUGUCGAUGACAUGAUUCUCCGCAUCAUGACCCCCUACUACUGGCUCGGUCAGGACAAGGACUUCCCCAGCGUCGACCCCUCUACCGGCGACCUCAACACCUUCUCUCCCAGGUCCACCUGGGUCCGUGAGUUCAACCUCACCGGCGAGCGUAGCCGUGACGUCCGCGGGAACCACGGCGAACUGAUCCGCAAACACGGCGCGGCUGCCACCAUCCUGCUCAAGAACGAAAACAAGGCUCUCCCCCUUAAGGCGCCUAAGUCUAUUGCUGUCUUCGGUAACGACGCUGGUGAAGACACCCAGGGCUUUUACAACCAGGAUGACUUCGAGUACGGCACCCUGUCUGUUGGUGGUGGCUCAGGCACUGGCCGUCUCACCUACCUCGUCUCUCCCCUCGAGGCCAUCAAGGCCCGUGCUUCCAAGGAUGGUGCCCUUGUCCAGCAGUGGCUCAAUAACACCCUCAUUGUCGAGUCAAACAUCACUGACCUCUGGAUCCCUACGGUUCCUGAGGUUUGCCUUGUCUUCCUGAAGACCUGGGCUGAGGAGGCCGCUGACCGCCAGCACCUCGAAGUCGACUGGAAUGGAAACGAUGUUGUCGAAAACGUUGCGAAGAACUGCAACAACACCAUCGUCGUCACCCAUUCUUCUGGUAUCAACACCCUCCCCUGGGCCGACCACCCCAACGUCACUGCUAUCCUCGCUGCCCAUUACCCUGGCCAGGAGUCUGGUAACUCCCUCAUCGAUAUUCUCUACGGCGACGUCAACCCCUCUGCCAGACUUCCCUACACUAUUGCCCUGAACGGCAGCGACUACAACGCCCCUCCCACUACCGGUGUCAACACUACCGGCUGGUACGACUGGCAGAGCUGGUUCGAUGAGAAGCUUGAGGUCGACUACCGGCACUUUGACGCCCACAACAUCUCUGUCCGCUACGAGUUCGGCUUCGGUCUCAGCUACACCACCUUUGAACUCGCCAACUUCAAGGCCAGCCCCGUCGAGGAUAACAUUACCUCCGUCCCGGAGCAGCGCCCCAUCGAGCCCGGUGGCAACCCCGCCCUCUGGGACACCAUCUACAAUGCCACGGUCUCUGUCACCAACACUGGCGAGGUUGAUGGCGCUGCUGUUCCUCAGCUCUACGUCACCUUCCCUGCUGACACCACCCCUGCCGGCACUCCCCCCAAGCAGCUUCGUGGCUUCGAGAAGGUUCCUCUUGCGGUCGGCGAGACUAAGACCGUCGGAUUCGGUCUGAUGCGCCGCGACCUCAGCUACUGGGACGUUGUCUCCCAGGAUUGGCUCAUCCCUACUGGAGAGUUCACACUCAGCAUUGGCUGGAGUAGCAGGGACUUGAAGUCUUUCGCCAAGAUCACUCCAGUGUCGGCGUAA